AUGAAUCAGAUAGAGAAUGUUCUCAAAUUCAAAGAGAUAAUUAAUAAUGUGAUGAAAGUUUCAGCAUAAACAUUUAUAAAGGAGUGCUUUAUCUUAAAGGAUGGAAUCUAUUUAUUUUCUAAUUCAUUGAAAUGA